AAUAUCAAAGAUGGCGGACGCUUGAGCCUCUCUAUCGCCUAUCAGAAAAGCUCUUCGGCAUCACCUCUUUUAGACUUUUCUCUGCUACUGACCACGUGACCAACACGGAACCAUGACCUCGACUCCCAGGCGGUAGGAUACAAUAUUUUCUCUGGAGGUGCGCGAACGCGUUAAAGAGAUCAAUGGAUCAGACUAAAGAGCAAAAUGACGAUUAUGGCUACAACUUGUUUCCGGAAAGAAAGAAGAGCAAGUACCAGAAAGGCUCCAUUGGGGAAAGCUUGUUCACCUUCAGCCACAAAUGUCAGAUUAUGCUGCAUGUUGCAGUGGAGACAAAUCCAUAUGCAAAAGUUCUUCUCGGCGCCCUGAAGAACUCGGGCUGUGCAGUGUACAAAGACAGACAUUUCUCCUGUGAGGACUGUGAUGGAACUGUGAGCGGUGGCUUCGAUGCCACAACAUCUCAAAUUGUCUUGUGUCAAAACAACAUUCAUCAACAGGCUCACAUGAACAGAGUGGUCACACACGAGCUCAUCCAUGCGUUUGAUCACUGUCGUGCACACGUGGACUGGUUCAAUAACUUCAAGCACUUGGCGUGUUCAGAGAUCCGGGCAGCCAGUCUGAGUGGAGACUGUUCAUUCAGCAAUGAACUCGCUAGGUUUAAUUUUGGCCUCAAAAAGCAUCAUCAGGAGUGUGUGCGGGAUCGUGCCACACGCUCCAUCCUCGCCGUGCGGAAGAUCAGCAAAGAGGACGCGGUGAAAACAGUUGACGAGGUGUUUGACAGUUGCUACAGCGAUCAUGAACCUUUUGGCCGUAUACCACACAGCAAAAAAGACGCCAGGUUCGCCCACAGAGAUUUCGAGAACAGGGACCGAUACUAUGCAAACUUAUAAAGUGGAGUUAGUCACACACCGGUGUGAAUAAAAGGAAAUAUAAGACCGAAUUCAUGCAGCUUGCUAUUUUAUUAUGUAGUCCACUUGCCUAUUUAAUUCAUCCUGUGAUUUGUUACAUUAUAUUAAAUAAAUUGUGAAUUAUAUUAAA